AUGGCGGCCGUUGAGGAGGGGCCGGAGCCAUGGCUGGAGCCGGGGCCGCAGCCGGCGCCAGAGCCGAGGCCGGGGCAGCCUUUACUGCUACCAGGGCGCACUGAUGGCUCUUGUUUAGCCUACACUCCACCAGGACCCUCAGGUCCUUUAUGGGAAUUGUUGAAUUUCAUGAGGUUCCUGUUGUCCCAUUCCUGUCUGGUACCUCUGCGUAGUGGUCGUGCCCUUGAGGAUAUUGACUGCAUCCUCCACUUUGGUACCAUCCUCAAACUUGACAAGGGCAUGUUCCAUGUCCUCCAGGUCCUGGACGAAGGAAUUAAACAGGCUAGAUCCCUUGAUAACCUGCUGAGGAACUUCCCUUGUAACCAGCCUUCAAAUGAUUGCAUUACGUGUUCAUGUUGCUUUUAUUACCCCUGGCUACAGGAAGAAGAGCAAGAUCAGGAUACCAUAGAUGGAAAGAUGAUUCAAUGGACAUUUCUUUCUCCUUCCCAAAUUAGUGCUUUGUCAGAAGAAAAUAUAGAAGGAGUUCAAAAAAAGCUGGAAGAGUUCCUGAAUUUUAAACAAUUAAAAACAUCAUUGAAGGAAGCUAUUUUGCUAGAUUAUUAUACCUCAGGAUUUUGGUGGGCUAAAGAAAUGAACUUCAGUCUUACACAACUCACAGGAUUCAUGGGUCUGUUAAAUUUCCUACUGGAGAACCUCAGUGACAAACAUAUGACAUUAGGUGAUAACAUAAAAGAACUCGGAAAAACAAUGGCUGGAAUAGGAGGAACUCAUUCAGAAGGAAGUGGUGACUUGGAUUUCUUCAGUGUUGAACAAGCCAAAGCAAUCAUUGAUUACUUGAAUAUCAGCUUAUUUCAACACUAUAAACUGUAUGAAUAUCUUUUCCAUAGUCCUAGAGAAGAACUUGUGAUAAGUGACGAGUAUGUGAUUGAACUUGCCCCACCUGCAGAUGACACUUUUCCUGUUCUGCUGGAAGAAGGUAUACCUUUUGAUAUCAGCUCAUCACCUACAGCUGCAGAGAUGGAAUCUAAGGAGUCUGAUCUAGAAAGCUACUUGGAAGAGCCCUGUCCAGAAGCAGAAUCCUUCGAGGGAGAUGCUUUGGCUGGUUUCACUGUUGAAGAUGUGAAGUCUGUAAUGAGUGAAGUCACAAGUGAAAUUAUUGGCAACCUUGAGGCAGAGAUAAACAAAAAGCUGCAAAUACAAGAAGAAGCUUAUACUUCAAGAAUAGAAAAAUUGAAAAGGCCUAAAUAA